AUGGCCAAACAAUUGACGAUUAGCAGGUUUUUUAAACCUGUCGAAACAAAUAAAAAUAAAGAUAAAACUAAAACUGAUACAAUAACCCAAAAGAAAUCAAACAGGUCAAUAGACAGUUCUUUGCUGAUUGGAACUACACCAGAGACAAGCAUUAUUUUGACCGAUGAAGAAGAAGAAGAGGAUGCUCAUGACGUAUUAAAUAUAACCAUGAAAGGUUCUAAGAAAGAACAAAAAAUCGAUAUUUCACAUACUCAGACUAAUAUUGUAAGACAGCCAACAUUGAAAAGACCAAACUUUUCAUUACCAGCCCGUGAUGAAACUUUAAAAUUAGAUGAAACGGUACCUGUGAUCAAAAAACCAAAAAUAGAUUCAUCUAAAUCGUCUACCUCUUCCAAAAAUAAGCAUACCUUGACAUUAACCCCAUUAGAUGAACAAGUUCUUAAACUUAAAAUGGAUAAUAUGGAUAAAAUAUUGGUUAUCAGAGUAGGCUAUAAAUAUAAAUGUUUUGCUCAAGAUGCCAUUACUGUAUCGAAAAUUUUACAAAUUAAACUAAUAGAGGGUAAGUUAACAUUUGACGGUUCAAAUCCAAACGAUAAAAACUUUAAACAAUUUGCAUACUGUUCAUUUCCCGAUGUUAGAUUAAAUAUUAACUUAGAAAGAUUAAUUCAUCACGAUUUGAAAAUUGGCGUUGUUGAACAAUCUAACAAUAACGAUAAUUCAAAUGUCUUUGAUAGAAAGGUGACCAACGUUAUUUCCAAAGCUACUUAUGGAGUGAAUAUAGCCAAAUCGAUUAAAUAUAAAGAUACAAAUUUACUCGGUGACAAUAGAAGUAUAUGGGUGUUGAGACUUGAUAAGUCAAAUGUUGAUCGACUUGAAAUUAUGUACACCCUUCUCUCAGUGAAUUUAAAUAGUGGAGAAAUCGUCUUUGACCAGUUUUUUGAAAAAUUAAGCUCUUUUGACAAUCUUUUAACAAAAAUCAAAUAUUUGGAACCUAUCGAAGUUCUGAUUAUUGAUAACAAUACUGAAGAAAAUGAUGACUAUAUAGCAAUUUUGCUUAAAUUUCUAAAGGAUCACAACUGUCAAAAACAUGAUUUACCAACUAUUCCUACUGAUGAUACUGCCAUUUCUAAUGAUGAAAUUUACAAUAAUUUAUUUUUCACAAACAUCAAUCAAUUGGAAAAUAUUCCAAAAAAUAUUGACGAAUUGAUUAAAAUUAUGUAUUUCCAUUUAAAACAAUAUAACACCGAAAAUGUACUUACCAUAUAUUCCAAUUAUAAACCGUUCGAUUCUAAAAUUUGCAUGUUACUAGAUGGAAACACUAUUGAUUCAUUAGACAUUUUUUCAAAUGAGGGGAAGAAUGGGUCUUUGCUAUGGAUAUUGGACCAUACAAGAACGCCAUUUGGAUUUCGUAUGUUAAGGGAAUGGCUGAAGAGACCAUUAUUAAACAAGGUAGAAAUUGAAAAUAGACUAGAUGCUAUUGAAUGUAUUUCCAAAGAAGUAUCACAUGUGUUCUUUGAUUCUUUAAAUCAAAUGCUCAAAAGUAUGCCUGACUUGCUACAUAUUUUAAACAGAAUUACUUAUGGGCGUAGUUCGCGAAAAGAAGUUUACUUUUUCUUGAAGCAGUUAUCUUCAUUGAGCAAUCAUGUUAAAUUGCAUCAUCAAUAUAUUGACAAUUCAAUAAUAUCCAAAGAGGGACAAAUACAUAAACAAUCAAUUCUAUUGUAUGAAAUAUUUAAUGAAAUAAAUGAAUUAUUUUAUUCUCAUAAACCUGAAAUCUUACUUUCAAUGAUUAAUGCAAGUGCAGUUUUAGAUAAAGAUAGUGAGAAAGCAGUUGUUGGUUUUUUCAAUUUGAACAAUUAUGAUAGGUCAGAUGGCUUAAUCAAUAUACAGAGAGAUAUUGACGAAGUUCGGGAAGAAUUAAAUAAUGAACUGAAACAUAUUAAGCAAAUUCUCAAGAGACCUCAUUUAAUGUUCAAGGAUGAAGUAGAUUAUUUGGUAGAAGUAAGGAAUACACAAAUCAAAGGUGUUCCUGACGAUUGGAUCAAGAUUAAUUGUACUAAAAUGGUAAGUCGAUUCUUAACUCCAGAAUGUAGUAAAUUAGUUGGUAAAUUAAAACAUCACAAAGAAUUAUUGGUUAUUGAAGCCGAGGCUGAAUAUCAACAUUUUUUAUCUUUAAUUAAAGAAGAAUAUGUACCAUUUAAAAGAGUGAUUCAAAAAUUGGCAGAAUAUGAUUGUAUAUUAUCACUAGCAGCUACAUCAUGCAAUACCAAUUAUAUUAGACCUCAAUUUGAUGAGACACAGGGACAAUUUAUUGAUAUCAAGAAUGGUAGAAAUGCUGUCAUUGAAUCUUUGGAUGUCAAUUACGUACCUAACGAUGUUAAGAUGUAUAAUAAUAAAGGUAGAAUCAAUAUUAUUACUGGUCCUAAUAUGGGUGGGAAAUCUUCUUAUAUACGUCAAGUCGCAUUACUCAUAAUAAUGGCGCAAAUAGGAAGUUUUGUUCCUGCAGACUCAAUGAAAUCUAGUCUUUUUGAUAACAUACUUGUUAGAAUUGGUGCUUAUGAUGACCUAAUUCGGGGCCAAUCUACUUUUAAAGUAGAAAUGCUUGAAAUUUUACAUAUCAUCAAAAAUGCAACAGCUAAAUCUCUAUUAAUUUUGGAUGAGGUUGGCAGGGGGACUGGUACAAUCGAUGGAAAAGCCAUUUCAUAUUCUUUAUUAAAAUAUUUUAUAGAAUUAGAAAAAUGUCCUUUAGUACUAUUUACUACCCAUUUUACAAUGCUAGGAGAACAACUAAACUCAAGAAAUUGUGACUUACUGCAAGAAUAUUUUAUGGAUUAUAUUGAAAUCCAAGAUGAAGGAGAAGAUUGGCAAAGUGUGAUUUUUCUAUAUAAACUAAAACCAGGUAUAAGUAAGGAUUCUUUUGGAUUAAAUAUAGCAAAAUUAGCCAAAAUUGAUAAGAAUAUUAUUAACCAUGCUCAUAAAAUAGCCACUAAAAUUAAACAUGAAGAAGAGAUAACUAGUUCUAAUAUAUCAGCCAAGAUUAAAUCUAUACUAUUGGAAGAGGCAACUUCUAAAAAUAAAAUUAAUAUGUUUUUUGAAUUAGUAUCAUCAUUUCCACAGACAGAAACAUGA